GCCCACCUGUGCCCAGCAGAUCACCCACCUGUGCCCAGCAGUGCACCCACCUGUGCCCAGCAGUGCACCCACCUGUGCCACCUACCUGUGCACAGCAGUGCCACCCACCUGUGCCCACCGACCUGUGCCCACCAGUGCCACCCACCUGUGCCCUCCCACCAGUGCUGCCCGCCAGUGCCACCCACCAGUGCAGCCCAGCAGUGCUGCCAGUCAGUGCCACCAGUCAGUGCCCAGGGGUUGUGCCAGUCAGUGCCCAGGGGUUGUGCCAGUCAGUGCCGCCAGUCAGUGCCCAGCAGUGAUGCCAGUCAGUGCCGUCUAUCAGUACCCAUC